AUCUUGAUUAAAAAAUAUAUAAAAAGACUCGAAAGUUUUUACUUACGCGUUUCUUUUCUUUUCUUUUCUUUUCCUCAUAUACACAUAUUUUAAAAAUGGUCACUCAAGUUGGUAUUAACGGUUUCGGUCGUAUUGGUCGUAUUGUCCUCCGUGCUUCUCUUUCUAACCCUGAAGUUCAAGUUGUUGCUAUCAACGACCCCUUCAUCCCCUUGGAAUACAUGGUCUACAUGUUCAAGUACGAUUCCGUUCACGGUCGUUUCCAAGGUACUGUCGAAGCCAAGGAUGGUAAGCUUGUUGUCAACGGUAAGCAAAUCUCUGUCUUCUCUGAAAGAGACCCCGCUCAAAUCCCUUGGGGUUCCGUUGAAGCCAACUACGUUGUUGAAAGCACUGGUGUCUUCACUACCAUCCAAGCUGCCUCUAGCCACUUGACUGGCGGUGCCAAGAAGGUCAUCAUCUCUGCUCCCUCUGCUGAUGCCCCCAUGUUCGUCUGUGGUGUCAACCUCGAAAAGUACACUUCUGACCUCAAGGUUAUCUCCAACGCUUCUUGUACCACUAACUGUUUGGCUCCCCUUGCCAAGGUCAUCAAUGACAACUUUGGUAUCGUUGAAGGUUUGAUGACAACUGUUCACGCUACCACUGCUACCCAAAAGACCGUCGAUGGUCCCUCCAACAAGGACUGGCGUGGUGGUCGUGGUGCUGGUGCCAAUAUCAUCCCCUCUUCCACUGGUGCUGCCAAGGCUGUUGGUAAGGUUAUUCCUGAACUCAACGGUAAGCUCACUGGUAUGGCCUUCCGUGUCCCCACUCCCGAUGUUUCCGUUGUCGACCUUACUGUCAGAUUGGAAAAGGGUGCCUCUUACGAUGACAUCAAGCGUGUUGUCAAGGAAGCCUCUGAAGGUGCUCUCAAGGGUGUUCUUGAAUACACCGAAGACGAAGUUGUCUCCACUGAUUUCGUCGGUCACCCCGCCAGUUCCAUCUUCGAUGCUAAGGCUGGUAUUGCCUUGAACCCCAACUUCGUCAAGUUGGUUUCUUGGUACGAUAACGAAUUCGGUUACUCCAACCGUGUCAUUGAUCUCUUGGCUUACGCUGCUAAGGUUGAUGCUGCCGCUUUGUAAAUUUCUUCCAAUUUAGAUACAUAAAUUUCUUAUAUCAUACUAAAAUAAAUUGUAUAAAAAGAACAGGGCUAUGGCGUUCCAAAAUGUAAUGGCUCUUUCUUUUGUAAAAUAAAUCCUGCAAUCGUGUAUGACAUCUAUGCACUGUUUGAAGUAAUUAGACUCAGGAACAUGCAUCAUUGAUGUGUGAAACCUCCAGAUGCAACACAAUCUCAUAAAACAAAACCGGGGAUAGCCAAUCGGAUAGACUGUUUAUAGACCAAGUGUAUUUUCGAGAAUUUGCUUUCAAGGUCUUUCCCUUCUUCCUUUUUCUCAAUCUUAGGAAAUUGCAUUAACACGUAUGAUACUCUAUUCUCUACGUAGAAAAAAGUGUCUAUAUUAUUAUUCUCGAAU